GCCACUUAUCAUAAUAGAUCUUGACAAAUUUUUGUAAUGCUCCAAGUGAUCUUGUUGUAUAAAAUUUUUGGUUAAAAAAGAUUUGAAAUUCGCUUUGAGCAGGAUUAGUGAUACGGAACUGGAAUGAGCUACACGAACCUCCUGCGCCACCAGAACGUGGUGGACGACUGCCAGCGGGUGAGUUGCAACCGCGGCCCGGUGCCGAAUCUCUCCGGGCGCUGUGUGAUCAGCCGGGACAUCGUGCUCGGCUGCCGGAUGGAGCUCUGCGACCCGGACCUGCCCCACAUGCUGGAGCCCACGUGGAGUGUCUACCUGCGACCCGGCCGGGAUGGCGGCGACCUGUCCCGUUUCGUCCGGCGCGUCACCUUCAAGAUGUCGCCACGCCUGCCACUGCGCCUCCACGUGGCCGACAGCGCUCCCUUCGAGAUCAGCGAGGUGCUGGGCAGCGACUUUCCCGUGGAGGUGCAGGUGCAGUAUGUGGACCCCCGGAUGUCGGCCACCUCGUACGUCUUCCGACCCCGGGUGGUGCGCGAGGGUCACUCCGGGGUCAGCGAGGAGGUGUGCGACAAGAUGAUCUUCGUGAACCCCUCGCCCGCGAUGCGCCAGAGCCUGGCCCCCGUGCACGUGCCUGGAGUGGGUAUAGUGGGCAGUGUGGGUGGUGCGCCCAAGGCUGUGCGUUCCUCCGACUCGGAGCUGAAGGAGCGGGAUCAGGAGCAGGUGGGCGAUGUGGCACACUCCUCGCAGCCGCCGUCUCCGCCGAAGACGCUCCUCAAGAAGCAGAAGCGCCUAAGUGUGGGCGGACCCGCCACCAUUAGCCACCAGUAAGGUGGUUGUCCGCAGCAACGUAUGCAACGCGGCAGCCCCUCCCAUCGCCAAGGUCGAGUCCGCCCCUUUUGUGUGUAUGCCUCGUUUGGGGGUGGUUCGCCGCGUCGCGUCCUUGGCUCCGCCC